CCCCGACGCCGCUGCCCCCCAGGCCCCAGCCCCAGGUGUCCCGGCCAUGGCCCGUCCGAUGCUCUUGCUCAGUCUUGGCCUCCUGGCCGGCCUCCUGCCGGCACUGGCCGCCUGCCCCCAGAACUGCCACUGCCACGGCGACCUGCAGCACGUCAUCUGCGACAAGGUGGGGCUGCAGAAGAUCCCCAAGGUGUCAGAGAAGACCAAGCUGCUCAACCUGCAGCGCAACAACUUCCCGGUGCUGGCCGCCAACUCGUUUCGGGCCAUGCCAAACCUCGUGUCGCUGCACCUGCAGCACUGCCAGACCCGCGAGGUGGCGGCCGGCGCCUUCCGAGGCCUCAAGCAGCUCAUCUACUUGUACCUGUCCCACAACGACAUCCGCGUGCUGCGCACCGGCGCCUUUGACGGCCUGACUGAGCUCACCUACCUCUACCUGGACCACAACAAGGUGACCGAGCUGCCCCGGGGGCUGCUCUCCCCGCUGGUCAACCUCUUCAUCCUGCAGCUCAACAACAACAAGAUCCGUGAGCUGCGCGCUGGCGCCUUCCAGGGCGCCAAGGACCUGCGCUGGCUCUACCUGUCUGAAAAUGCACUCAGUGCGCUGCAGCCCGGCGCUCUGGACGACGUGGAGAACCUCGCCAAGUUCCACCUGGACAGGAACCAGCUGUCCAGCUACCCCUCGGCGGCUCUCAGCAAGCUGCGGGUGCUGGAGGAGCUGAAGCUGUCCCACAACCCCCUGAAAAGCAUUCCUGACGGUGCCUUCCAGUCUUUCGGCAGAUACCUGGAGACCCUCUGGCUGGACAACACCAACCUGGAGAAGUUCUCAGACGGCGCCUUCCUGGGUGUGACCACACUGAAACACGUCCAUCUGGAGAACAACCGCUUGAACCAGCUGCCCUCCAACUUCCCCUUUGACAGCCUAGAGACCCUCACCCUCACCAACAAUCCCUGGAAAUGUACCUGCCAGCUCCGGGGUCUUCGGAGGUGGCUGGAAGCCAAGACUUCCCGCCCUGAUGCCACUUGUGCCUCGCCCGCCAAGUUCAAAGGCCAGCAUAUCCGUGACACGGACGCUUUCCGCGCCUGCAAGUUUCCCACUAAGAGGUCCAAGAAAGCCGGCCGCCAUUAAACAGGUCCUGACCCAGCCGGUCCUGGUGACCGGCCUCUGCCUUCAGCGGGAGAAACUACUGACCUUCCCACCUCUGACCCCCACAUUCUCCCCACAGCCUCUGCUGGCGCCAGAGCUGUCCACAUCUAGACACGUCCUGGCAGGGGGGCUCGGGCGCUCCAGCACGAACCCAGCUCCACCUGCUGGUGAGAGCUCCAUCACGCCUGGCCCCACCGCCAUGGCUCCUCUCAGAGAUGCUGCUGCCAAGACCCCAAGUCCUUCAGAACCAGAACAGGGCAGCCAUCAGGACGGCCACCCUUCCAGAAUCCUCUUCCCCUCUGCUCCCCUUUACCUUGCCAUUUGGAAACAAACAUCAGAUCCUUGCCCCACCCCUUGCUUCCAGAAACGGUCUUGAGCCCAUACCCCAGCUCCGCCAGCCCCCCACCCCCCACCUGCCAGGACACUCUAGCAGGACACUGGUGCUUUGCCGCAUACCCUCCCAUGCUGCACUUCUUUCCCAGAUUUCCAUAAAUAUAAAUUUAUGUAUAUGUAAUAUUUA